CAAAAUAGGCCUGCUGAACGAAAGUUGAAUGAUGAUGGUGGUGUAGUGUAGGCUAGUCUACCUGAUACCGAUUGACUGUUGAAGGAUUAGUUGUGUUUUUAACCUUUAUUCACCAGCCAUGGAUGGCCCGAGGAGUCUCAGUCCUACCCGAGAGCAGCAGCGAUUUGCCAUCAAUAAAGUCGUGGAAGCCUCACUCAAAUCUUUACAUCAGAUCUGGGGUGAAAUGGGCAUUGAUGAGAGCCAGAAAAAAGCUCGUGGUGACAUGGCAGUUGAGCAUGUUAGAAAUCUGAUGGGUGACAUGGUGAAAGAAGAAGAGAACAUGAGGAACAAAUUUGCUAAGACUGUUGAGGAUUUCACCGAACAACUCAACCAGCUUUGUCUGGAACUGGCUCUUCCACAUGUCAAGAUGGCAGGAGGGUUGACAAUGGUGCAGCAAGAGAAGAUACUGCGAGCAAAAGUGGAGACGAUGACCAAAGAAAAGAACGAUCGUGUCAGCAAAUACAAAGAGCUCCAUGCUCGUGACUUGCAUCUGUGUGAAUCCAUGAGUACUACACCUUACUAUGUACCCUCAGGGUCUGUGCCUACACUAGAACAGCUGAAAGAGUUGGAAAAGCAUGUGAAUGCUUCGCAGGGUGAAAAGGAUAAACGUCACGCAGAGUUUGUGAGCACCAAGCAGAAGAUAGUGGAUCUGUACAAUUCCCUUGAAAAUGACCCUGACACGUCUUUUGGUCGUGAUCUCUUGUGUGAAGAAGAUGACACCUUUGUUUUGUCCUUACCAAACAUGGAAACUCUAAAGUCUCUACACGAAGAGCUCCAGAAGAAAAAUCAAGAGAUGAAGAAGGAAGCAGCUGGCUUAUGGGAUCAUUUGAAAGCAUUGUGGAAUCGACUUGAGACUCCGGACAUUGAUAGAGAGGAAUUUGAACUGAACAAAGAAGGCCAUAGCAAGAGUGUCAUUGCGGCUUUGAGGGCUGAGAUUGAAACAUGUGAACAAUUGAAAUUUCAAAACAUGCAGAAAUUUGUUCUCGGAAUUCGCAAUGAACUUGUUACUUGGUGGGAUAAAUGUUACUUCAGCCAAGAACAACGAAAUGCCUUUAAACACUAUACUGAUGAUUUAUUGUAUUCUGCUCCAGAGGAUUUCACUGAACAACUUCUGGAUGUCCAUGAGAAGGAACUAAGCAAAGUGCAAGAAUACUAUAAUCGGCGUCAACACAUCUUGGAAAAGAUUGCACAGAGAGAGAAACUCUUCAAAGAAAUGAUUGUAUUUGAUGAAAAGGCUAGUGAUCCCAACAGAUUCUUUAAUGACAGAGGGGGAAAGCUGCUUCAGGAAGAAAAGGCUCGUAAAAAACUCAUGAAAGAAUUGCCUAAGGUGGAAGAGGAGGUCACAGAGACGGUGCUAAAAUGGGAGAAUGAAAACAACAAAGAAUUCUUGGUGCAUGGCAUGAGGUUUCCCCAGUACACAGUAAAACAGUGGGAUGAUUUCCAUCUUCAUAAAGAAGAACAGAAGCAAUCCAGGUUAAAAGCAAGGGCAAAGCAGACUCAAGAUGAAAUGCUCUUUGGCAGCAAGACUGUUUUGAACACACCAAGCAAGAGGAGAGUUCCAACUGCUACAACGCCUCUUCGGACUCCUUUGAAGGCGAGAAAAAUGAAUGACUUACCAAAGACUCCUAACACGACAAGCAGAUUGCCUAACCACAGCAGGGUUCAGCACAGUACAAUGAUUCACUCUCCCUUUUCAAGGCAGCCCUUGUACACACCCAAGAAAACUCCUCUGGCCACAUCAUCAUCCAGAAAGCGCCGAUCUAUAAGGCUAAUGAAAAAAGCUGCUACAGAGAGGAAAGCUACCACAAGCAGACGCAAGUCCCGCGAAUCGUUCUCACACACGACGGUAAGCAGCGAAGAUCACGGCUCCACGACACUGGCCUCCACGGGAACCUACAAUGACUUUGCUAGUGGUCUGUCCAAGCCAAACUGCAGGAGCAGUGUCGUGCCGUCUGGAAUUCUCUUCCCUCUCAACAAACGCUGACAAACCUGGACUGGACAAGCAACAGAUUACUGUCAUUACUGCGGCGGCCCAUGUAGCCUACAUCAGCAUACAGAACCAGAAGUCCCACAGGGUGGGGGUAUCUGUGAGGUUUUCUAAAAUGGUCGUGAUGCUGCUAUAGGAAAUUAUACAAUGUACAUGGAAAUAAAUUUUUGUAACACUUUUGCGUUAUGGAAGGCUAUAUAUUAUAUAUGUGCAUAUUUAUUUGUCUGAAAUUCGAAGUGGUCGCUAAUAAUAAUGCAGAUGUGAUACUACGUUAAGAGUGACAUGCUAAGAAAACAGAUGUACUCUCAGAAAUAAAGGAGGGUUUACCUUUAUCUUGCUGCUUUCAAAAUGCAGACAUCUUGAUUUAUCUGAACCACAAUUGUCAGUGUUGAUAGGUAGAUAGGUUUAUUUGCCCUUGUUCCCCGAAUUUUUAAUGGCCUUUUGGCUGAUGUUCGACAUAAGCUUGUUGAAAUGGUGAAAUUGUCCUCAAGAUGACUUUACUGUAUUGAAAGGGCAGUAUAACAGAUGUUGUCACAGGUUUAUUUCGAAUAUAUUUUUAUAUCGUUGUGAAAGGGACACUUCAAAGAACGACUGUUUGAACUAACCAUACUGUCCUCUACCGUAGCUAACUAAUCCUUUUUGCCUUUUUUAUGAAUUUGUUAUUGGGCUACCAGGGUGUUUUCAUGGCAGCAUAUCUCAUGACUCGUUCGAGCACUAUAAUUUAUCAUUUAAAAAAUCAUUCCAUUCAGAAAAUAAAAGGUAGCACAAAUGGAUCAUGAUAUUGGUUACAAUUUUACACAAUCCUUGGCUGACCUGAGGAUACUGAGCACCGCUUUCUCUCCUGGCUUCUUUCAUUCACUUUUGUGCCUUGGCUCGCCUAUUUUUUAAAUCUGUUUCUGUGUUGAAAAUUUCUCUUUGUCAUAGUUGUCCUAAAACUUGUGCAGCACUGAUCUGAUGUAAUUUUAUUUUAUUCUCGACAAUGGAAACUAUUGAUGUGUAGCAGUCAAAGUUCAACAUUUUUCUGUUGUCUUUUGACUGCUUCUCACCCCCAUGUACAUACUAUAGCUGUGGUGCUUCUGUAAAAAGUUACUCUAGUAAUCAAGUACAUUGUGAUGCAGCCCCCUCGUAGUUACAUAAACUUAAUGCCCAUUUUCUGCAUUUGACUUGUCUUUACAUCUGUCUGUCUGUCUGUCUGUCUGCCUGUCUCCAGCACUGCUAUGUCCCUCCCUCAUCACAUUGUGCUUCUUCCACUGAGAUGAUUUCCUUUGACUGGUUGUGACUUCAAUGACAGGAACUCUACAUUACAGCCUUCCUGUUUUUAAUUAUUAUAUAAAUGCUGUUUGAAUUGACCAAUAACAAUAAGUCUGAUAGAUUCAUGUCUCGCCUCAAUUUUGAUCAUUCAGUUUGUUUGCAUGUUGUAGGUUGGGUUGCUGAAUACUGCUGUAGAUAGCUGGUGUUAUAAUGUUAUAUUUGUAGUCAAAAGUAUUUAUUUCGCCAGCAUCAGCUUUAGUUAAGUGUAUACUUUUAUUAGCUUGGAUUUGGACAACAAUACUUAUUAUUUAUUAAAUUGCAUAAACAUCUCUAUAGCCUUAUUUUUUAGCAAUUGUAUGUGAACCUUUCUUUAGGCCAAAUUAACAUUGUAAAAUAAUUCCCACCAAACUUAGUUUUUGUCACGCUGAUCAUAUUCAUCAUACAAAGUUCUUAUCUCUUAAACCCAUAAAAUUAUUCCUUUUUUUUUUCGACCAGUUGUAAGUCAUAUUGUGGCAUAUUAUAUAUAUGUAUACAUUUCUUAUCUAGUUCUACAGCAGAUAGUAAAGAACAUUAGUAAGCUGUAAAAAGUGUACAUUGAAUUACAUCAGUUUGCAAUAAAUUGUUUUGCGUUCACAACAUA